AUGAGUCGUAAGGAAACGUCGGAUUGGAAAAUUGCCAAUAAAAAUAAGGGUGGGUGGAAUGUCGAUAAGGUUUCUACACCUUUCUUUCUCACCUAUUUUCCUCCUGACUUGGAUAAUAAGCAACUUUGGUCCAUUUGUGAAAAGAGGGUGUUCAAUUCGGUGCCAGUAGAUGUUCCUGUGGCUGGUCCAGUAGAUGUUGAUGUUGACGGUUCUGGAAUAGUUCCGACUGUUUCGAUUGCUACAGUGGCAGGUCCUACGGUGGAGGUUAUUCAAGGGUUGUGUGAUGAUAAUGUAUCGACUGAGUCUCUUUCACAGCCACCUAGUUUCAGGCGUGAUGCUAAGUUGGAUCCUGGGACUAGUAAAAUAAAGUCUAAUUCUGCUAGUUCUCAUGGUUCUUCGAGAUUGUUGAAAAAACGAGUCUCGGCUAAUAUUGAAGAUAUUUCGGAUAUCAUGAAACAGUAUGUUGAAAUGGGAAGGUUGUUUGGUUAUGAUAUGGAGGGUAACAAAGAUAAGGUGAAACAAAUUUUGGCUAGUAUUGGUGUGAUUCAGGUUGUUUAA